AUGCAGAUCUGUGAGGGAUACCAUUUUGUACAGUCUAACUGGAAAGAAGGGGACAAAAUCUGCUUUUUCGGCUUCUCCAGAGGUGCAUACAUUGCCAGGGCUUUAGCCGGGAUGCUACAUAUGAUUGGGCUAUUGCUGGCCUUGAUGCCUGACGAAGUUGUGUUUGCCUUCAAGCAUUACAAGGACCAAAUAGAGAUGCAAAGGGUAUGGAACUAUAGACAAGAUCUCUGUCAUGCCAUUAAGAUUGAUUUUCUUGGAGCCUGGGAUACUGUUUCAUCUGCUGGCAUCCUUGUUUCUCGCAUGCUUCCCUAUUCCCAAGGCAACUCUUCCAUGAUAGUGUUUAGGCAUGCAAUGGCUCUGGAUGAGAGACAAGCUAGGUAA